AUGUAUGGUCUUAUUGAUGAUUCCUCCCAUGACUUUAUUAAACAAUUCGUUUUGGUGUUAAAUACUUCUGCCUUUAUAUUGAUAUGUAAUGAUGAUGAUGAUAUCCUUGCUGCAUUUGCAUUUUUAUCUAACAUUGUAAAUAUACAAAUCGCAAGCUUUUUUACAAUGUUACAACCAGCUUUUCCUGUUGUUCAUAAACAAUAUGUAACUUCUUUAUAUAGACGUUCCCUAAGAACGGCUUUAGAUUGGUAUGUAGAUCGUUCUGCAUGGCGUCCUGUAGCUUUAGAAAUUCGUGCUCGUUUUGAAGCAAAUAGAAAUGUUGCUUCCUUACAAGAAUUACGUAAAAUUUUACUCGACACUGAAAAAGAACUUGAAAAUUAUAGUCAUCCUGAUCCCUAUAAAUGUAACUGA